UCAUCCUCCUUCCUAUAUAUAUAUAUAUGGCAAAUCUCCUUGAAGUUACUGUGGUUGGCUGCAAUAAGCUGAAAGACACAGAAUGGAUAUCAAGACAAGAUCCUUAUGUCUGUGUUGAAUACGGUAAUACCAGAAACCGCACUCGUGUUUGUACAGAUGGAGGCAAAAACCCAACAUUCCAAGAGAAAUUUGUAUACACCAUGAUUGAAGGAUUAAGAGAGUUAAACCUUAUUGUUUGGAACAGCAAUACCAUCUCACGUGACGACUUCAUAGGCAGUGGAAAGGUGCACUUAGCAAAGGUUAUUUCUGAGGGAUACGACGAUAGCUCUUGGCCGUUGCAGACUAAACAUGGCAGGCAUGGUGGCGAGGUUGUUGGUUCAGUUCUGUUUGAGCAUGAAGGAAAACAAUAUAAAUCAUACCUGUCACAGCAGAUAGUGCAGAGGAGAAUCCAGUAAUG